AUGGAGUUUGAAUACCAGGUAAUUGCUGGGUCGGGCCUAGACGUUGGCUUCUCCAUGAUCUCCCCCAGUGGACAGCAGCUGGUCUCAGGCUUCAGGAAAUCUGACGGUAUCCACAUGGUGGAUCCCACAGAAGACGGGGACUACAGCAUAUGCUUCGAUAACAGCUUCAGUAAAAUGUCCCUGAAGAUGGUGUUCUUUGGGGUGGUGCUCAAUGCCCAGAGUGGGACCAGAUCAGAGUGGGACACAGUGGACCAAGAGGACAGUCUGCUGGACUACACACUCGGGGACAUCAGGCUGCGUCUGGAGACCAUGCACAGAGACCUGGAGCGGACGCGGCAGGUGCAGGCAGCUCUCCGGGCGUUCGAGGCCAGGGAUCGAUACGUCUUGGAGGAUAACUUGUGGAGAGUGUCCUUCUGGUCCUGCCUGACGCUGCUGCUGAUGCUGACGGUGGCAUCAGCACAGAUACACACUCUGAAGAAACUUUUUGACGAGAAAAAGAAAGUGACCACAAGGGCUUAG